UCCCAUUGCCUAUUUCUUUGUGUUUAUGCAUACAAGUCCUCGGUUUCCAAAGGGUUCUUUGGACUAUACACUUCGCUUUUUUCAUACACUUCUUACGCAAGAUGAAACUGCUAGGAAGCAAGCACUUGACAGGAUACUAUGUCAACUGGAAAAUUCGUUACAAGGUUCCGAUCAAGGACAACUAUUUGUAGCUCAUAUAGCAACAAUUAUAAGAUUUGCUUCUGAAGUCCCAUUUCCUGAUGUUCGUGAAGCCUUUGCCCGUUUAAUAGAACGAGCUGAAACCACUUUAUCCAUAGAGUCACCAGUUUAUUCAGUGAUAAAGGAAUACCAACGCCUAAGAAGACCCAUUUUUUCGCGUUUCAUACCCAACGAACAGUUGCCAACUGUACGAAAUGCGAAUAUUGUUACUUUGCGUCUGUUCACUGACAACUUUCUAUUUACUGGACGCAUAUCGACUGUGGUCAGAGUGAUGGCUUUCUUUCCUAGUUAUUUGGAAGCAUACAUUCAAAGUUAUCGUGCUAUUAUGAGACGACCAGGACCACUUCCGGAAACUUGGCGUAACUACUUGGGUGUCAUGGCAGGUGCUCGAUUGCGUUGUUCUUAUAUUUGCCAUAUGCAGGAAACUGAGUUUUUACUUCAUGGAGGUGAUAUUCGUUGGCUCGAGUCAGACGAAAAUGUUCCACCUAAACUUUUGGUUCUUCGCGAAUUGAAUGCCAUCUUGGCUCAUCAACCGUGGCUAUUGAAGAGAGAACACUUACAGCGACUUAUAUCAACUUUGGGUCAAGUUUCAUGGUCUCUCAGUGAAUGUGUCUUGGCAAUUCUUAUAUUGAGUCAUUUCCAUUCAUUGGCAGGUUUUAUUGAAGGAUGUGGACUUUGUCCAGAUAUUGAUAUGGAUAGUAGAGACUCUCUUAUACGUAUUCAAUUGACACGGGAACAAGAUAGUCUGAUAGAGAUCAGUUGUAACAACGUAUGCAACCCAUCUCAUGAGAGUCCAGAUAGUUUACAAACACCCCAGUCAGAAGUGGAAGCUACUCGUCAAUUGGUAGAAAAACUAAAGAGAGCCAUUCAUUUACAAGACGAUGCAAAUUACUCUGAAACUGGUGAUCAACUAUUUGCCAAGUCUGGCAGCAUAGAUCAUAAUGAACGAACGUUAUUUGGAACACGUACAGAAGCAUUGGAAACCAAGUAUAGCAGAAUGGCAGGUUUUACGGAUUAUCCACUAAAGCAUGAAGACUUUGAUGUCAAUUCCAAAACUUAUAAAAUUUUUCGUAUUCAUGAGUAUAAUUGGUCAGAUCAUGGAUAUGCGCUGAUCAAUGCUUUCUAUGAAGAUGGAGAAUUGGCAUCGUUGUUGGAUACGCAGUUUGAAACAAUCUACCAGUUGACGGAUAAUAGUAUAGGAAUGAACACAAAUGUGGAUACUUCUAUCUUUCGAAGGGCCAUUUGGGUUUAUGUACAUCGUCUUUUUGGAAUAAUGCAUGAUGACUAUGAUUAUCGUUUGGUCAACCUGAUAUUGAAACAGUCCCUCAAGUCCUUUAUUAAAAAGGUUACUUACCUGAAGAAAAGGUACAUAUUGUAUUAUUAAGUAUGGAAGCAAGAAAACAAGCAGAAUUAUUAUAUGGUUUGCAUGCCAUUA